AUGGGUCCCCCAGCCAUUAUAGCUCCUUCGAUUCUAUCAGCCGACUUUGGCUCUCUCGGCGCAGCAUGUUCCGGUUUGAUGAAGGAUAACAGUGAUUGGAUCCAUGUCGACAUCAUGGACGGUCAUUUUGUACCAAACAUCACCUUUGGACCUCCAGUGGUCUCGAAAAUAAGGACUCAUGUUGAAAGACCAGCUACUGCGGGUGGAAAAGGGACUUUUGACUGCCAUAUGAUGAUCGCAGAGCCUCAAAAAUGGGUUAAAGAAUUUAAAGAUGCGGGAUGCGAUUUAUACUGCUUCCAUUACGAGGCUGCCGUCAAUUCCACUGCUGCCAAGGAACCCUCGGGUACUUCUACCGAGCAAACGAGCCCAAAGGAGCUAAUUCGUUAUAUACAUGAACUAGGCAUGCAAGCCGGAAUUGCUAUCAAGCCAGAGACCAGCGUAGAUGUACUCUGGAAUAUCUUGGAAAGCAAAGAGGAAGCUGAACGUCCAGAUAUGGUUCUCGUCAUGACUGUUAACCCAGGUUUCGGUGGCCAAAAAUUCAUGGCCUCGGAGCUACCCAAGGUUAAAGCCUUGAGGGCUAAAUACCCAGAUAUGAACAUUGAAGUCGAUGGUGGGCUGGGCAUUGGGACCAUAGACCAGGCAGCUGAUGCGGGAGCUAAUGUCAUCGUUGCUGGAUCUGCUGUCUUCGGAGCCCAGGAUCCUGGAGAGGUUAUUGCUAAACUGCGAGAGGCGGUUGAAAAGCGAAGGAAAUCUUGA